GUUGGCAACGCAAUACAAAGCCAGGAUGGGGUCACGUGUUGGAGACCGCAGACGAUUCAAAGGAAUGAUAACGUGUAUGCAGAUUUACGAUCGCGCGUUGAAUGCACUUGAAAUCAAAGCUGCCGGGGAGAAUGCCAACUGUCCGAAAUGUCCUCGUCCAAAUGUUGCAGGAGAUCCCCACAUGCGGACCUUCGAUGGACGUGCGUAUAGUUUCCAAGGUGUCGGCUGGUAUACCCUGGUGAAGGACUGCUCAAACCAGAAACCUGAAUUUGAAAUCAAUAUUGAUUUUGUCCCACGUGAAGACACCGGUGAUAAAUUGAGGACAAGAGCUCUUGGUCUGAACGUUACUGUUGGAAAAGAAAACGUUCUAAUAGAUGGGCAGAACGAGGUUAAAGUCAGUGGCGAACAACACAUCAAUUGCUAUAAGAAAAAACGAUUUACUGGUGAUAGUGGGUUUUACAAUCAAAGAUACGACAUUUACUAUUGAAUGGUCUGGACGGAAACAUACGUUCAGGGCCGACUUCACUGGAUCGUUCUAUCGAGGUAAUGUAUGCGGGCUGCUUGGUGAUGCAGACGGAGAUACUCGCGAUGACCUGAAGAAACCGAAUGGUGUUGUCGUGAACAACAUCACCGAGUUUGGAGAGAGCUGGAAAGUUGCCGACCAUGAACCGUGAUGUCUUCGGAAUAAUGCGCAGCUUUAACCCACCGCCAAAGAAGUUAGAGUACAAAUAGCAUUCAAUAUUCGGACUUUUGGCUUAACACUACUGGGAAUUUCGGUAGCUGUAGAUACACAGGAAAAGCUUGGUGAUUAU